AUGUCGUCCAAGCCAUGGGGGGCCUUGCCCAUCGUCCGGAUAAACACCAUAAUGAAGAGUUCUUCAGAAGCGGAAAAUAUCAGUCGGGAGUCGUCGUUAAUGAUGACGAAAGCCGCCGAACUCUUCAUUAAAAUGUUGGCCCAGGAGGGCUAUAAGUUAUCCGCCACGGGUAAAAAACUUGAUUACAAACACUUGUCAGAAGUGGUCAAUCGGGAUGAGAAAUACGAGUUCUUGCAAGAUAUCAUGCCGAAGAAAAUCACGUAUGCUGAGUACAAGAAAAUGCAAGAGGGCCAACUGAACGGCGCCGAAAAUCACCAAGAGAUUUCAAGCGAUGAGGAAUCCAGCAGCAACUCGAAUAGUGAAUAA